GACGCUUAGAGAUCUCUGCUUUAGAGGAGCUGACGUUGCAAUUGGGCGAUCAGAAAACCUAUUAUGAAUACCUUUGUCAUCUGUAGAACAAAAGGUAAAAUAAACUGAUUUUGAUAAAGUUCUUCACUUGAAGAUAUACCAUCACCAAUGACCAUGCGUAAUCUACAGAUCACCUUAGUGUAUUUUAUGCUAGUCACAUUUCAUAUCAUUUUUGCAGGAACGCCUGGAAUCAAACUGAAACCCACUGGAACUUCAGAAGGAUUUUCUGAUCCGCUUAUCAUUGAAGUUAUGGUUGGGCGUCAAGUUGAGCUACCUUGUGACAUUCGUAGACCUACUGGUGACGACUCGGUAUCUCUUAUUUUGUGGUACAAGUCUGAUAUAAACGCUCCGAUUUUUACCGUUGACUCCAGACAUGGGCCUCUGGAAAAGGCUGAACAUUUUUCUUCAGAUACGUUAGGGUUAAGAGCAUCUUUUAACCUCGUAGUUGACCCCGCCAUUUUAACCAUAGACCCAGUGAAAGAAACAGAUAAUGGGGAGUACCGCUGUCGUGUGGACUAUCGGUGGGCUCGGACGAUCCAUAGGGUCAUCGACCUGAAAGUAAUCGUGCCAGUUAAGGAAAUCCUGAUUGUCAACCAAAGGAAUCAAUCGUUAUCUGGGAUCAUUGGACCUUACAGUGAAGGCUCCGAGCUCAGUCUGGUGUGUUACGCUGUAGGCGUAACGAUAGAAGAAGAACGAGAGGUAUAG